UAUCAGUCUUGCAGAGUUUCUAACAUUAUAUUUGUCACGUUUAAUUUAUACUUUCACAGUUCCAUUCGUUGUAACACGCAACCGUAUUUAUGAAUUACUUUGAAAAUGUAAUUUAAAUAUCGCGCGCAAUGUGAAUAAUAUAAACUGUCGCGUUUCGAAGGAUAAAUAAAGACGCGGGAAACACGUGUGGCGUGUGGUUCAUAAUCAUCAGAUGUUUCUCUUCGCUUUAAUCAGUUUUAAUCGAUGCUUGUGAUUUAUGUGAUUAGUGCAGUGAUCGUAUUCAUCAUCUACACGGGAGUCAAAUUAAAACUAGAAGAGUGGUUUGAAGAAACAAAAAUGAGUAGAUUACGUCUGAAAAGGGAUAAUGCGACGCACGAAAGAUCCCAGGUUGGAAGUUUAUGUCCAGAAAGCCCAAAUAAUGCCGAGAUAUCUUCUGAUGAAAGUGAUAUCGUGCCAACUAAUGAGAUAAUAGAAAGUGAAAAGGAUUCUUCAGAUCCAUCGAUAACAGAUACAAGUUACGACGAGGAGACACUAUCUAAAUUUCAAAAAUCUACAGAUAGUAUAAAAUCAGAUGAAGAUAUUAAAGAACCUACGUGCAACACAAGUUCAAAAUCCAAGACUUCCAUGUUUAACUGGAACCAACAAGGCCCAAGUCCAAAAAAAAGAAACAUGCACGAUCACAGUGAUUCCAAUUCUUCUGAUGAUUCCAACUUAAAACCAACAUGGUUUAGAAAAAAUCAGGAAAAAAAGAAACACAAAGGUAGUCACAUUAAACAAACAAAAAUUAAAAUUGAAUCAAACAAUAAACAAAAAGAAGAAACUGUGGCUCAAGUGAGUAUACAACAUGAGCAAAUGAUAUCUGGAAUUAAAGUGAAGCUUCCUGUGAAGCCUUACUCGUGUCAGGUGGCUGUAAUGAAUCAGCUCAUACAAGGUUGUAUAAAACAGGAAAAUUGCCUUCUGGAGAGUCCAACAGGAAGUGGGAAAACUUUGGCUCUUCUUUGUGGUGUUCUGGCGUGGCAUGAUCAUCAUGUUGCCGAAGUGCAGAACCAGAAACUGGAAAAGCAAAUUCAGGAGGAUAUUUCACGGAACUGCAAAUCAACGACGUCGCGCGAAAACAAUGGAGAAGACCUUCCUGAAAGCUCGAAUACAAAAUGUACGGACUAUUGCGAAGACUUUGACGAGGAGGAAGAUUUCGAGGACUCGUAUGAAAAAUCAAGCAAGAUAAAGAUAUCAAAAAUAUUCUACGGCACGCGAACGCACAAGCAAAUCGAACAGGUUGUAAGGGAAUUAAGGAAAACUUCGUACAGGCACAAAAAAAUGACUAUCUUGAGCAGUAGAGAGCAUACUUGCAUCCAAGAGACCACGAAAAAUAAAACUGAGCUCUGCAACGACUUGUUGGACACUCAAAAUCGCAAAGGCUGCCCGUUUUACAACGAAUCUAACAAAAAGAUCAUUGCAACGUUUCGCGGGGCGAAAAGUCGAGGUUUGGACGAUAUAUGGGACAUCGAAGACCUGGUAGCGAUCGGAAGAAACGAAGGGCUGUGUCCAUAUUUCGCCGCCAGAAGUUUAAUGGAACAGGCGGACAUUAUUUUCUGCCCUUAUAACUACAUCGUCGAUCCCGAUAUUCGUGAAAGUAUGCAACUCGAUGUGACCGGCCAUGUGGUUAUUCUGGACGAAGCUCAUAAUAUAGAAGACAUCUGUAGAGAAGUUGCAAGCGUUAGUUUUCGCGAGGAUCAUCUUACAGCCGUUGCGACCGAAUGUGAAUCUCUUAUGAAACAAAGAGCUGCAGAUUCCGAGAUUUAUGGAGCUCUUCAAACGUAUUCCCUCAAGCUGGUGAAUUUUCUGAAAACCACGGGCGUCGAUAAAGUCGGCUAUAACAGCGACAAUCUUUCAAGCCCGUACUGGACCGGCGCAGAGCUGUUAGAAUUAUUUAACAUGAACGGUUUAGGCGAAUCCAUGUAUACUGGGUUCCUGGGAGCGUGUAACGCAGCAAUUGCAGAUUCGAAUAGAGCGAAAGAGGAGAGUAGAACAUUUCAGAAAGUGUUACAACCGGUCAUUUCACACGCCACCAAGAAAUUAAUUGAACAACUAAUGUUCACUAUACGGAUGAUCACUUCUAGCGAAUACAUGAACGACUUUAGGGCCUGUAUAACAGAAACCACAAUAAAGGAUUUCAAAUACGCCACUGAGAAUACAUGGUUGUCAUCGAAAGUGUGUACACAGCGUGCACGAACCUUGAAACUACUGUGCAUGAAUCCGGGUGUGACCUUUGCACCGCUUGCUCGACAAGCGCGCUCUAUAAUCCUCGCGUCCGGUACCCUGAGUCCGACUGCGUCGUUCCAAAGCGAAUUGGGAACGUCAUUUGCACACGUGCUCAACACUGGCCACGUGAUACCCAAGGAACAAGUUUACGCAAUCUGCAUACCUCAAGGACCCAAUGAAGUUAAACUAAGGGCGAAUUAUCAAUCUGUGAACAGCUGGGCUUUUCAAGAUGAACUAGGUGCAGUAUUGUUAGAUGUUUGUGAGUCAGUACCACAUGGAAUCCUUUGCUUCUUCUCAUCCUAUAACGUGAUGCACACACAAAUGCAGAGGUGGAUAAAUAAUUCCAUUUGGAAGAAAAUCACCAGUGUGAAACAAAUCUUUAUAGAACCACGCCAUGGUGGUGAUCUUAAAGAUAUCAUGUAUGAAUAUCGUCAAGUGAUAGAGCAGACAUCUGGUAAACAAAGAGGAAAAAUUACUGGAGCUUUAUUUCUGGCUGUCUUCAGAGGAAAAGUAGCAGAAGGAAUUGAUUUCAAGGAUAAUGAAGCACGUUGUGUCAUUACUGUUGGAAUACCAUAUGCAGUAAGGAAAGAUCCUGUGAUUGAUAUGAAACUGAGUUAUAAUGAUAUGAACGUUAAGAAAGGAUUGUUGAAGGGUUCAGAGUGGUAUAGUAUACAAGCUUUUAGGGCAUUGAAUCAAGCUUUAGGUCGUUGCUUGAGACAUAUUAACGAUUGGGGAGCUGUAUUGCUAGUCGAUGAAAGGUUUCUGAUGCAUGAAAAUAAGGAAAAUCUCCCAAAAUGGGUCAAGGCGAUGUGGGUCAACCAAAAUGGAUACAAAUUGAGAGAGAAUCUUAAAGACUUUGUAUCGAAACAAAAGGAAAGAGAAGAAAAACAAUUAGGAAUUACAAACAGUUAACGAAAGUGGUUAAAUUAAGAAAUAUGAUGAUAUUUAGGAA